AUGACUUCUAAAUAUUUUGCAUUAGAACACUAUGGGGUUACCUUGCCACCAUGUGUUAGUGACAGCGGUGGUGCAGUGGGUCUCUCCGUGGUCGUUUUCUUGGUAGUUAAGAUGGAUACAUCCUUUACAACUGCUGAAGAAGCUCGUGUUAUUAUUGAAUCUCUACAACAAGAAGUAUAUGUUCUUCGUUUACAAUUAAUUAAAGCCAAUGCUGCUUUGGUCAAAGGUGUUAACGUUAAUGAUUUGCCCAGGUCUCAGGAUUGCGUGGAAAAAGAAGAUUUUAAGUUUACACAAAUCUCACGGGCAGUUGAAGUUUUUAAGGAAGGAAAAUUCUUAAUAGUCCUUGAUAAUGAAAACAGGGAAAAUGAAGGUGAUUUAAUUAUAGCAGCCGGGGCAAUGAAUUCAGAUAAAAUGGCCUUUAUGAUAAAUAACACAAGCGGUAUCGUCUGCUGCGCUAUAACGCCAGAAAAGCAAAAGUCUUUGUCUCUUCCGUUGAUGGUAAGCGACACUACAGACCGCCACAGAACGGCUUUUACUCAAAGCGUAGAUUUAUUGGAAGGAACCACGACAGGAGUCAGUGCUUCCGACCGUUCUAAAACAGUUAGGGCUUUAGCCGAUGACUCUAAAGGAAUUGAGUGUUUCCAGCGUCCUGGUCAUGUGUUCCCCCUGGUGGCCAGUGAAGGAGGUUUAAAAAAAAGACAAGGUCACACAGAGGCCGCUGUCGAGCUGUGUCGACUGGCCGGACUCAAAGAAGUGGCCUGUUUGAGUGAGAUUGCUUUGAAGAACGGUGAAAUGGCAAAACGCAGAGAGCUGGAGGCAUUUUCUAGAGAAUAUAAUUUGUGCAUAAUAACCAUCGACCAAUUAAUCGAAUUUACAAAUAACCAACAAUAAAUGACU